UAACCUGCUCACUCUUCAACCUCUGUCCUUUUUUUAUAGCUCUUUUUUUUCCUUACUGCAUCGUUGAGGAGCUGAAACUGUCUCAUACUUGUGUAAUGAGACAAUUACAGUAGAUGUAACAACAAGGAACUUGGACUUGAACUUGCUGACAUCUCUGUCAGUGAACUUCUGAGAAAGUUCUUUUUGUUAAAUUGUCACCAGUGAAAAGAGGCUGUCGAGUUGGUGAAGCAAUGAUUGUGGCAGAUAAGUUUUCAGGAAGUCAUCAUCUUACAAGGAAAUGUACUCUGAAAUCAUACAUCCCUCUAUUUUUGAAAGACAUUGAUGUUUUUUUGUCUGUAGACUUUCUUAACAUGAAAUGUCAAGAGACACAUGAUAUCUUCACACUCACACAGCAGGUUCCCAUUUAGAGAUUACACAAUCUCCUUAGAAAGUGUUUAGAAAGUGAAGAGUUAGUCCUCUUAAUGAAUCACUUAAAUAUCUUAUGUUAUGUUUACUACAUUAUUGUUGACAAUGGCUGGAAGCUGCGGCUCAGUUUCCCUUUCUUUCUGUAAGCACUGCUUUACCAAAAAUUAGAUGUGAAUCUGUUUGUUGUCCUGGUGAUGCCUUGGAGAGCUUUAAAUCUCAUAGUCGACAUGCAGGUGUGAUGAAGAGACCCUCUCAUGCCUUGUGCAGGUGACAACAGAGUAUUGUAGGUUAAGCCACGUCUCAGCCAAUCACAAUCCAGAGUCCAGGUCCCGUAAAUUGCAGCCGUUUUAAACAGAUAAGAACGGAGAGCUGAGCCCCAUACAGCUCAAUGUGUCUGUAGAAAUACUUUGGGACUGGAUCAGCCUGUAUCUACCUACUUUGUGCUGUUUCUUUCCUUCUCAAUUAAUCAUUUCUUUGUAUUAAAAAGUAGUUGUUGUUUUUUUUUUUAAGAGAAAGAUGUCUUCCUCCGUGCUGCUGUUUCUCCCUCUGCUCGUCAGUUGGGGUUUAUUCGGUUCUGUUUCGGGUUCUCCCGCCGUGGAGGAGGCGUACAGAGCCGUGAUCAGCGUCGUGUCUCCAGGACAGCAGCAUCUAACCAGGCAGUCCCUUCGCACCCUCUUUAAUACACUAGAGAAACGUGUGCAGUGCGGUGAAGUGUCGUGUGAAAAGUGUAAUCUACUAGAUGCUGUCCACCAGCUCAUCAGCAAUCACUCUAUCCACGGAGAGGGUGAAACCAGAACAGGCAGGGAAAACUUUACCAUCAGCGUAGCCGAGUUCCCUGCCGUCGCUGCCGGCUGCGUCCUGUACCUUACUUCUCCUGGCUUGGUGUGUGCUGCAGUGAGGCAGGGGAGGUGGGGAGAGGAGACCGAACACUUCCUACACAAAAUCACACAUGGGGAACACCAUGAAGAGAGAGAGCCGCAUCAUGACCAUGAGCAUAUAGAUAUUCAUGGAUUAGAAACUGUGCUUCAAGAGCUUCACAACCACUAUGAGCCUGCGGACAGUGAGAGCUGUGUAACAACCGGUGACAUCAUGACAGAAGUUGGCGUACCCUCAGCAGACCAGCCAGUGGGUGCAGUUUUGGGCCGUGUCCUGUAUCACGCCUUGCUAGGUCACUGUUUUGUUAGCCAGACCCUGCCCGAGGAGAGCUUCUUCCUGGACUACAUCAUGAACCGACUGGGGUCCGAGAAUUUCACUGUCGGAGAUCUUGAAGCUCUUAUGAGGAGUCUGAACCUCGGACCCAACGACCACGAACAUGAGCAUGAAAAUGAGCAUGACCACCAUGAAGAUGAACACACUGACCAUGAUCACAGAGAUGGAAGAUGGAGGAAGAGGAGCAGGCAUGAACACCAUGAGGAGCAUGAGAAAAAUGCCACCUGGGAGCAGCACUGUUUCUCAGCUGAAGAUCUGGUGCUGAUCUACAAUCUGCCAGAGAACAGCUCUGCCUCCUCUGGCCUGGGUCGGUCUGACUUGGCUCGGCUCAGCCCGGCGCUUGUCCAGCAGAUCCUGAGUGGAGCCUGUACAAACGUCAUAGAGCCGGUGCAUCCAGAUGGGCUCACUAAGACAGAGAGAUACCUCUACGCAACCCUUGCCAACAUGGUGAUAACACUGGUGUCCAUGUUUGGCAUUGUGCUGCUGCUGUGUACCUCAUGCACCAAUUUUUUCCAGCUGUGUAUCCAGUUUUGCAUCAGCCUGGCAGUAGGUUCACUCAGUGGAGAUGCCUUACUGCACCUGCUACCCAUGUUUCUAGGCUUACAUGUGCACGGAAACGGCGACAGCGGGCAUAGGCAUUCAGAUCACAGUCAUGAGGAAGAAACGCCAGAGUACAUAUACAAGAUGUUGGUAGUGAUGGCCGGGAUCUACUACUUUUACCUGAUGGAAACAAUCUUCUCUCUGAUCACACGUAAAGAUACUACUCACCAUCAUCAACAUCAUCAUGGGGAAGAUUCAGAGCCUCACCACUGUGACCACGGGAGGGUUUUAGAGAUGUAUCAACAGGAAAGGAGACAAAGAGACAAAUCACAGUCAGCAUCAAAAGCAGACCUGGUUGGCGAUGAGGGCAAUGACAUAUCGUUUUCAACUCCAGAAGAGCGCACCAGAGAACAGCGUCUGUUGCCUUAUAUGAUAACUCUUGGCGAUGGAAUCCACAACUUUGCAGACGGCUUAGCAAUGGGUGCAGCUUUCUCCCUGUCAUGGAAGUCUGGUUUGGCCACAUCAUUGGCUGUACUCUGCCACGAACUGCCACAUGAACUAGGUGACUUUGCCAUUUUGCUCCAUAGCGGCGUGUCUGUCCGCAAGGCCCUGCUUUUAAACGUCGGCAGUGCCAUGACCUCUUUCAUCGGCAUGUAUGUCGCUCUGUCUGUAGCCACGGACCUUGCUACCAAACAGUGGAUAGCUGCCAUCACCGCAGGACUCUUUCUGUAUGUGGGACUGGCUGAUAUGCUUCCCACCAUGGUUCAUGUGAACCACAAGAGACCCUGGCUGAUGUUUCUGUUGCAGAAUAUCGGUCUUCUGAGCGGGUGGGCUAUUUUGUUGGUACUGUCACUUUAUGAGGAGAGAAUCAGCUUUUAAUACAAAAACAUUCAAGACAAAUAUAUUGUUCUAUUCAGUGGGUUCAUCUUACUUCUGGUAUAAUCUAUGCAGAUCGUAAAAACGUAACACCUGUGUUCUUUUUCUGAGGGUGUUUGUUGGGCCAAUGAGACCACCGGGACAGAGAGAAAAAGCUUAUCCAGUAAAGAUUACAAUUUGCUGGGGCAUCCAAAGGCCUCAAACUUUAAAACCAAUCAAUCACAGAUGUGAUUAUUUGAUUAGGUUUCAAAUGUUGUUCACUGAUACCUCAAGUAGAAAAAAACACCCAGUGGCCUCCUUAUAUAUUUUAAUCAGUACAGUAGGAUGCCAUUUUCUCUGGCACACCAGUGGGAGUGAGUGAAAUAUCAGAAACACCUUAUAAAAUAAUGUAAUCCAGUAAACAAACACCACUAACUUCAGAGUUGGAGGGUUAGGGUUAGGGUUAUAUAUAUGUGUUUUGUAGCAAACACAUAUAUACGCGGUAUCUUCACUCAGAUGACUUUUUACUGACCCAUUAAAUAACUUUAAUGGGUCAUAGUAAGUUGAUAAUCAAUGUUGAACAGUUCAAGUCCAACAAAAUCCAACACUGUUUUUCUGGUCAUAAAUGUGCCAGGUCUGAAGUUUAUUUUGCAGCACUGAUAAGUGUAAAACAAGGAAAUCGACUAACAUAUAUAUAUAUAGAGAGAAAAUAUAUACAGUAAGUUCCCCUUUUAUUUCUUAAUGAUGUACUUGUAUCAAACAGCUUUGUGCAGGGUUGUUCCUUGUGUGCUUUUUAUUAAAUGUAUGUUGAUGAGUAAGAGGAAAAAGUCAUUUGUCAAAGCAAAAAAUAUACAGUUUGAAUUGAUUUUGACUAAACUAAGAAUCCCACCACACUAAUUAUGAUGAAGGUAAAUGUAUAAAAAGUGUUAAUAUGUUGGAACAUACAGUAUGAUAUAUAUUUUGUA